AUGGAGACACCAGGUGCAGCUGGUUCUGUUACUAAGCGGUCUCUAAGGAAGAAAGCGGGUUUGCGAAAUUAUGAUGAGAAUUUGAUGGAUGAUUUCAUAGAGAAGCAUUUGGGUGGUACUUUGAAGAAAAGGAAUAGAACCAAGGAGGAUUUGGAGAAAGAGACCGAAAUUGAGGCCAUGAUAGCAUUGUCCCUUGGAUUCCCCAUUGAUGAGCUGCUUGAGGAGGAAAAGAAAGCUGGGGUGGUCAGUGAGUUGGGCGGGAAGCAGCAGAAUGAUUAUAUUGUUGUGAGGAAUCAUAUUUUAGCAAGGUGGAGGGGUAAUGUGCAAGUGUGGCUUUCAAAAGGACAGAUUAAAGAAACUGUGAGUGGUGAUUAUGAGCAUUUGAUAUCUUCAGCUUACGACUUUCUUUUGUAUAAUGGAUACAUUAAUUUUGGGGUUGCACCAUCAUUUGUGGCUAGUAUGCCAGAGGAGGCAACCGAAGGGUCUGUCAUUAUUGUUGGUGCGGGACUUGCUGGGCUAGCUGCUGCAAGGCAGCUUCUGUCAUUGGGUUUCAAGGUGGCUGUUUUAGAAGGUAGGAGUCGACCUGGUGGAAGAGUUUACACCCAAAAGAUGGGGCGGGAUGACAAAUUUUCUGCAGUGGAUCUUGGCGGUAGUGUCAUUACUGGCAUCCAUGCUAAUCCUCUUGGAGUUCUGGCCAGGCAACUUUCCAUUCCGCUUCAUAAGGUCAGAGAUAAGUGUCCUCUGUACAAGCCUGAUGGGACACCUGUUGAUAAGGACAUUGAUUCUAAGAUUGAAGUCAUCUUUAAUAAGUUGCUUGACAAAGUCAUGGAACUCAGACAAACUAUGGGUGGGUUUGGAAAUGAUGUAUCUUUGGGUUCAGUUUUGGAGACACUGAGGCAGUUGUAUGGUGUUGCUAGAAGUACUGAGGAGAGGCAACUUCUUGAUUGGCAUCUGGCAAAUUUGGAAUAUGCAAAUGCUGGAUGUCUAUCAAAUCUCUCAGCUACUUAUUGGGAUCAGGAUGAUCCUUAUGAGAUGGGUGGGGACCACUGCUUUCUAGCUGGAGGUAAUUGGAGAUUGAUAAAAGCAUUGUGUGAAGGGGUUCCCAUAUUCUAUGGAAAGACUGUCAAUACCAUUAGUUAUGGAGAUGAAGGGGUUGAAGUUAUUGCCGGGGACCAAGUAUUUCGAGGGGAUAUGGUCCUAUGUACUGUACCUCUUGGAGUUCUAAAAAAGGGGGCUAUCAGAUUUGAACCUCAGUUGCCCCCAAAAAAGAUUGCAGCAAUUGAAAGGUUGGGAUUUGGGCUGCUGAACAAAGUAGCUAUGGUUUUUCCUCAUGUUUUCUGGGGAGAAGACCUGGAUACUUUUGGAUGUCUAAAUGAGCAUGGCCAUAAACGUGGAGAGUUCUUUCUGUUCUAUGGAUACCAUACUGUAUCUGGAGGUCCAGUUCUCAUUGCACUGGUGGCUGGAGAAGCUGCACAAACAUUUGAAAGCACAGAGCCGACCAUAUUGCUCCAUCGAGUUUUAAGCGUCCUCAGAGGUAUAUAUACUCCUAAGGGGAUUGAUGUGCCUCGGCCGAUACAAACCAUAUGUACAAGAUGGGGUGGUGAUCCCCUUUCCUAUGGUUCAUAUUCUCAUGUUAGAGUACAGUCCUCUGGCAAUGACUACGAUUUACUAGCAGAAAAUGUUGGAAACCGGCUGUUCUUUGCAGGUGAGGCUACAAAUAGGCAACAUCCUGCUACUAUGCAUGGGGCCUUUCUGAGUGGCCUGAGAGAGGCUUCGUGCAUAUAUCGCACCACAAGACGUAACCAAAAUAAUCUGAGGAAAGUCAUGCAAAAGAAUGUUGGACCAAGCAAUGAUAUGCUGGAAGAUUUAUUCAAGAGGCCCGAUUUAGCAUUUGGGAAUUUUUUGUUUGUAUUUGAUCCUUCAACAGAAGAUCCAAAAUCAGUAGGGCUAAUGAGAGUUAGUGUUGGGAGUAGUGAAGACAGUUAUAAACAAGAGUUACCAAACAACUUCCAACAUUCCUUAACCAUACCCUUGCAGCUUUAUACAGUCAUAUCUCGUGAGCAAGCAUGUGGGUUAGAACUGGUGCCGGGAGGAGAUGAAAAUAGGUUAUCAUACUUGGUAAAAGAUUUUGGCUUGAAGCUGAUGGGACCUAGUGCCCUGGGAACUGUAGGUAACUCCUUGACAGUUAGCAUUGCCAAUGCUAGAAGAGGCAGGGGAAGGAAUCGCACGUCUGCUGGACGCCAGUAG